AUGCCACUCUGCAUCCUACCAUGGCAAUCCCUCUGCGAAACGCACUUGAGGAGAGUUCUCGAUGCUUUGGACGUUGGUAGCAGCUUUCGGGCUGAUCUUAUAAGAUGUAUUAUGCUUACUGCAUUGCGGGGAUCGGAUCAUGGCCAUCAACAGUUCGACAUGAACAUAAAUUUGAAUUUGGCAACCGCAGAGGAAGUCGAAAUGGAAGACAUCUCCAUUGGAGGAUACGAGUCAGAUCCGGAUCAAGUCGCGCGGGGUGUCUCCAGAAGCACCAUUGAAAAGCUCGAGCAGAAGAGCUGCUCUGUCCAGGAUGGCAGUGGAUGCUGUUGUAUUUGUUUAGAGGAACUGAAUGGGGAAGAUAAAGUGAUGGAGAUACCGUGUUCGCAUCUCUUUCACAGCAGAUGCAUCGUCAAGUGGCUGGAGAGGAUCGAUUCGUGUCCGCUGUGUCGUACUAGAGUAGAAGUAGAAGUUCCAGAGUAG